AUGUUUAGUGCUUCUGCCCUAUGGCUCCGAGGUCAGUACAAGACACGUCUUAAGAAGCGCAUGGUCGGCUUUAUUCCCAAAGUGAUUCCACGCAAGAUAAAGAACAAUAUGGUGGCUCUGCGUAGCGAGGCAAACACAGGGCACAUGGAGGGCUACAUGAAGACCGAGGCGGAAAGACUUGACGCUACAGGUCGCAAGGUUCAAAAGGUGCUAUGGGACCCCGUCUUGCAGAGGCACUGCUUGUUCAAGGAAACAAAGAUUCGAGGGCCCUUCAUGACGAAAGCGAACAUCGUUAAGAAGAUGGAUUUCCCCAUUGGAGCAGCGGGGAACGCUUCUGUGAAGUAA